CAUUCUGUGGUCAAACCUUUCCUGUUAGCGAGUUUGUUUUUUGUCUUUUGCCUGACGCCUUCUCAUCGUAGUCUCGGUGAGCUACUUUAAUUACUUGAGUUUAGGUAGCUAUUAUUAUUACGCUUCAGCUCGUUUUUUUUUCCAAAGCAUCUGAGGUACAAUGAGUAAUCUUUGGAAAGGAGUGAUUGUGCUUGGAGCUUUCAUAGCUGUUGCUCAGUGCCUGACCUGUAAGCAGUGCCCCAUCGGCAUAUUUGGGACAUGCCUGUUUCCAAAUGAUGUGGUGUGUGACAACUCAACCCUCAACUGCUUCACUGGAGAAGCAUCGUUCAAUUCUACGGGGUUGAUCAGCCUGCACACCAGAGGAUGCCUGGAUUCAGACUUGUGUGGGAAAACGUUGACUGGUGCCAUCUUCGAGGCCGGUUUCACAAGCAGCUUUCAGUGCUGUCAGACAGACCUCUGUAACGGGGCCAGCCAUGCCCACCUCUCACUGGCUGCUGCCCUCAGUGCCACCAUAUUGGCUUCUGUAUGGGGGCAGCUAGCAGUUUAAACUAAAACCAGUUUAGUUUUAAACCUUUGAUCUUUUAUUGCUGUUCUGUAAACUGGUUUCAGCUGUUCCCCAAUGAAGCUGAAGCAUUGUGUAUGGCUUAGGUAAAAAAAUAAAUAAAAUAAAACCUUUUCUAAGGUGAAGUCAAGUCAAGUCAAUUUUAUUUGUAUAGCCCAAUUUUGCACCAUUUUAAUGACAAUUAUAAAUACUGAGAACUAGUAGACUGGGACUGCAGUUUCAGCUACACGACAAUAUUGUAAUGACAAAUCUGAUGCCUUAAUACAACAGCUCGAAGUACUUGAUAGGAUGUGCAGCUUUUAAGUGACUUUGUAUUUCUAAAGAGAUUUAAAUGACACUGAGAGUGUGAUCUGACAAAUAAUAAAUGCACCGCUUUUGUACCACACUUUUAUAGUACUUUUGAUUAUGGUUAUAAUCAAUACAAGAGAAUAUCUUUAUCUACACCAGUGUAGUUAGCCCACUUUCUCUUUCCUAAUCAAAGUAGAAAAUAAUCUUAUGAAAUAUGUAUCUUCUAUAAAUAAAUUUAUAUUUCUCAA